UGAUGGGAGUUAAAUAACUUCAUGUGGUUUAGACGGCGAUAGAGAAGAAAAUGGGCAUGGUGGUAAGAAGAGUAUCCCAAGUAUUGGGAUUAACCAACAGCAACAAGAUCAGAAACUUCUCCUUCAAAUCACUAGAUCUACCACCAUUACCAUCACCAUCACUCAGCCAUGGAAUCCAUGUCUUUCAUUGCCCUGAUGCUGUUGGAAUUGUUGCUAAGUUGUCUGAAUGUAUUGCUUCUAGAGGUGGAAACAUUCUAGCUGCUGAUGUUUUUGUUCCUCAGAAUAAACAUGUUUUUUACUCUAGAAGUGAUUUUGUUUUUGAUCCUGUUAAAUGGCCACGAAAGCAGAUGGAGGAGGAUUUCCUAAAGCUUUCCCAGGCAUUCAAUGCAACAAGAUCUGUCGUGAGGGUGCCGGCUCUGGAUCCUAAAUAUAAAAUAGCUGUUCUGGCAUCAAAGCAGGACCACUGCCUAGUUGAUUUAUUACAUGGAUGGCAGGACGGAAAACUUCCGGUGGAUAUCACCUGUGUAAUUAGUAACCAUCAUAGAGAUUCAAACACCCACGUGAUUCGUUUUCUGGAAAGGCAUGGUAUUCCAUAUCAUUGUUUAAGCACGACAAACGAAAAUAAAAGAGAAGGGGAGAUAUUGGAGCUUGUUCAGAACACUGAUUUUUUAGUACUUGCAAGAUAUAUGCAGAUACUUUCCGGAAACUUUAUACGGAGCUACGGGAAUGACAUAAUUAACAUUCACCAUGGUUUGUUGCCAUCAUUCAAGGGUGGUCAUCCAUCUAAACAGGCUUUUGAGGCUGGUGUGAAAUUAAUUGGCGCAACAAGUCACUUUGUGUCCGAAGAACUUGACAGCGGACCAAUAAUUGAACAAAUGGUUGAGAGAGUUUCACACAGAGAUGACUUGCAGAGCUUUGUGCAGAAAUCAGAAAACCUUGAGAAACAAUGUCUUUCCAAGGCUAUUAGAUCCUAUUGUGAACUUCGGGUAUUACCUUAUGAGAUUAAGAAGACUGUUGUAUUUUAAGUGGAACAACAAAUAGCCAAACAUAAUGUACACAAAAAUUUGGGGUGCUCUGUAUUUACAUUCAAUUAUUUGUAAAAUUUCAAAUAAUAUAUUCCAUUUUACGUUAGCUGCAACAAUGAGAAUACAAAGAACUUAACUUGAUUUGUUUGGUUCUUAUUGUAAGGGCAUUGUAUGUGGGGUCCAUAGUUCGAACCUGGGUCACUACAUUUUCCUUU